ACAUAAGCUCCUGGGAUCGAGGGAUCGUGGGAUUGUGCAGUGCACCGGUGGUCACUCGCUCUCACACCCAAGCGACAAGUACUGAGUACACAAUAUGGCGCUGUCAACGUCAUCCAGUGACUUCUCAAAUACUACCACCACUAGUAGUAAUCCGCCCAAGCGUAUGCGCCUCGGGACGAAGAGCUGUACGGAAUGCCGCAGGCGCAGAGUCCGCUGCGCGUUUCCGCUCAACAGUCGAACAUGUGAAGCAUGCAACCUCCACGAAAUAGAAUGCGUACCCCAGAGACCCAGCGGCCAGAGGAAAUCAUAUCACAAUGACUCGGAAAGGUCAGAACUGCAACAACGCCUGGGCAACUUGGAGUCCAUGGUGCGACAGAUCGCCUCGGCCAUCAACCUCGACCCGGAAACGGCGACAUGGGCUCAACUCCAAGCCGAGAGUCUGAGACGCCUUCGAUCUCCUUCGACAGUAACCGCGGCAGAGUCUUGGGCCAUCCCAACAAAACGAGGCUCGAUAGCGUCGAGUGCUGAGAUCCUCGAUGAUAGUUAUUCGGACGAUGUGGACCAGGAUCAGGAUCAAUUCGGAGACGCACCUCUGGUCAGCCUCUUCAAGGACGCCCUGCACAUAGAAAGGCCUCGUUCCGACAGGAAGCCAAUAGGCCUAUGCCCCGAUGAGAGAAUCAAGGCUUGUCUCUCAUCUUUGGGACCAUUUCUGCCGUCUCUCGACGAUCUGCGGCUAGUUCUGGAAGCCAGCCAGAUGUUUUGGUGUCUCUGGCCGAUGCCGCCUCCAGGCCAGAACACCACAGGUCCUUCUCGUAUACUCGCGGCGAGGGAUUUCGUUGUGGACUCACUCAACUCAGGAAGACCUCCGAUUAUUGCAAAGGCCAUUAUCUGGCUGACGCUCUGCAUACAUCAACUUCCGCGCGACUUUGCAUGUCGGGCAGAGCACCUUCGAAACUCCCCCCGUCCCGUAUUGAAGCACUACUUGAAUACCGCCGAGAUUCUUCUCUCCUUCGAUGAUGCCGGAGCCUCUCAUGGCAAAGACAUGCUGGGAUGUCUGCUGCUGCAGAUGAAGAUCCACAUUGACAUGGGCAAGCCACGAAAGGCCUGGCUUGCCAUCCGACGUGCCCUGAACAUGGGCUUACUUCUUGGGAUGCAGAACCAGGAAAACACCACGGAUGAGCAGAAGAUCCUCUGGGCACACAUCUGGCAGAUCGACCGCUUCUUGUCGCUCAUCCUGGGACUUCCGUGCGGGAUAUCAAACUCGCAUCCCAGCCUGGCGAAAGAGUGUGCGGCACCGAUGAUCGAAGCACAGCUGAUGCACGAAUUGGCCAUCAUAGCCGGCCGCAUCAUCGAGCGCAACCAGAACCCCCAAACCAUUAACAGUAACUACUCGGUCACCAUGGACAUCGACCAGGACCUGGAGCGGUGCAAGGCCCGAAUUCCCGCUGAAUGGUGGGAUUCGGGUUUCAGCGCGGAAUUGCCACUGGCGGCUGCUCAUGCCCAACUGACGAUCAAGCUGUUCUACUCUACGAUCUGCAAAAGCCUCCACCUUCCGUACAUGCUGAAAGCUGCUUCGGAUAGGAGGUACGAGUUGAGCAGGGUAUCCGCGCUGGAAGCAUGCAGAGAGGGGAUCCGAAGCUACCGGGCCUUCCGCAACACGAGCGGGCCGGUCCCGAUCAUAUGCGACCUGAUGGACUUUCAAGCCUUCAGCGCUACAGUCACGCUUGUCGUCGACCUGUUGUCAUCAUCAUCAUCAUCGGGAACAACCUCUUCGAAACGGGAUGCUCAUGAAGAAUCCCAGGAUUGGAAACUUGUCCAUAGCGUGAGCGGUGCGCUGCAAGAGGUGGCGAAAAGACUGAAUUGUAACGUCGCUGGACAGGGGACGGAUGUGCUUGAGCGCUUGUCCAUGGCACGAUAUGGGAAAUACCCCGGCGACUCCGAGACCUUUGAAGCGGUGAUCCCGUACUUUGGCAAAGUGCGCAUCGGCAGGGUGGCGAAGCCUGCUCCCGCUCCCGCUCUUGCUCCUCCUACUCCGCCGCCGCAGACACAGCAACAGCAACAUCAACAGCAACAGCAACAUCAGCAGCAACAGCAACCUCUUGGGUGGUCUGAAUCACCCGAGCCAUUUUCGUCAGGGAAAAAAGAAAGUCAUCAUACAUCGUCAGUCGCCACGGUGGAAUUCAGCCUCCGUGAUCCGACGGCAUCAUACUCGUAUGGUCAGGCAUCAAUGGAAGAAUGGCUGUCCGACGAUGCCGAACUCGGCAUGGAUUGGGAGUCUUUCGUCGAUGUCAACACGAACUACGACUGGAGUCAAUUCUUCGAGAGCGCCAUGCCUGACUGAACUGACUGAAUGAUGCCAGAGAUACCCCUUUUGCAGCAUGCCCACGAGUACCGUGAAUCGUCUCAUCGAGGGGUCAAGGGAGUAGCCUUCAUAUGGCAUGACACAGCACAGCACGAGCACGGGCACAUUCAACUGAAAGGCGAGGAAAGGCAAGAGGAGCGGUAAGUUGGAUAUAUUUGCCACAAACUUUCGGAGUGCGGGCUGGGAAGUCAUGUAUCCUGCCUCUUUCGAUGCCUAGUUUGUACUAGACUCCAUCUCCAUAAGUAUGAGGGUUUACUUGCUGCUUAUGCGGGCACGUUAUCUUCCCCCAAGCGUGAUCGACGAGAAGAAGAAACGACAUGGUUUCAAGGCGGCUUGCCCAGUAUGCCCAGCAAAGCACACUCAUGCAAGCAAAUACGGGACAACAGGAUACUCUUUUUUAAUGCUUGAACAACUGAAGCACCUCAU